AUGGACGCCAAGGACUUUGAAUUCCCCCGGGGACCCAUGACCCUGAUCUCAAUCGAACUUGCCGACAAGACAGUCUACAAACUCCACGCCGAGCUCCUGAAGCACCACUCGAUAUACUUCCGUCGUACCCUGAACACCACCUGGACCGAGAUGGUGGCCAACGGAGUAGAACUCUACGAUCAACGAUGGGCGUCCGCGUUUCCUAUCCUCGUCGAGUGGAUUUAUUCAGGGGGCAAUAUGAAAGCCACGAAGUCCACAAAUGCGAUCGAGGAGACGUGGAACUUCUGCGACACCAAAUCUUUCGACCAUGAGAAGCCCACCUGGAAGGAGUCGGUCAACUUGUGGUAUCUGGCCAACUUUUUCGGAAUGCCCAAGCUUCAGAACUGUGUGAUGGACCUGAUGUGCAAGAAGCUGCGGGGACAGGCGCCUGAAUGUCCACCGACGCAGCUUGCCCGCUACGUCUGGAUGCACAGGGAGGCUGGGACUCCUAAGCUUUGGGAAUUCGUGGGCGACGUCAUGACAAACCCGCGUUACUUGUCAAGUCCCGACUCGGCAUUCCAGGAGAGCGGGGAUAUGCUCGAACCGUCAAUGGCCCUGGACCUCCUGAAGCGCCAAAUCAGAUACCGCUCCAAACUGUACGAGAUCCAGAGAGACAGCAAGAUCCUGCGAGCUGAUGUGCAUGGAUAUUGCGGCCGACCACGGGGUCCGAAUGGGGCUGCUCUGGACCAGAACCACUUCUGCGAAUGCAAUCUGUGCAUGGCCAAUAAACUAGCCCGCGAGGUUGGAUAUCUCAUCACCAACGAGAUCUCAGCUUCUAAAUACUACGUCGAGAUCCCGAACGAGGAUGCCGAGCAACAGGAGCCGACGACAUCAUACACCCCCUGGCUAGAUGACGAGAGAGUUGCUCAGCUGACGCAAGGUAUGGCUGGACUCGGACACACAUCACCUUCUGCUCACGCAUCGCCUUCUGCUCCUGGAAGCCGUCAUAGCUCAGUUCGGACCCUGUAA